AUGCUGGAGGUCUUCAACCGCAAGACGAAGCACAUGCAAAAAGACCGGGCCGCUCAAAACGUCGAGCAGAGCCGAAAGGUCGAUUAUUUGAAGGACGAGGUUGCAAUGAGGUUAUGUGAGCGUUUGCUGAAGCCAGACGCUAACUCGAUCUUGGCUUGCGACCAGGACAUUAAACGCAAAUUCCCCAAUGUGCUCGACCUUGGCGCGAACAGCUGCAACAUUGCACGGGCGCUGACGACACCGAACCUCGACAUGGCGGCACCAGAGGGCGUGAUAACUCCGCCGCUGGCAGAGCGCAUUACGAAAUUGACAUGCGUGGAAACAUCGCGCGCAUUGUUGCACCGAGAUGAGGAAUUGCCGUUCAAUAAGGAAAUUGAUAUCACUCGCGACGUAAUUCCGGAUCUGGAGUCUCUGCCGUACGAGCCGAACAGCUUUGAUGCUGUGCUCUCGUCACUUUCUAUUCACUGGGUAAACGAUCUCCCCGCGUUGCUCAACCAGGUAAACACUAUUCUCAAGCCCGACAGCCCGUUCAUUGCUGCAAUGUUUGGUGGUGAUACUCUCUUUGAGCUGCGUGGAUCGUUGCAGCUGGCUGAUAUGGAGCGCCGUGGCGGAGUGUCACCGCAUGUCUCGCCGCUGGCUGAUGUGAAGGACGUGGGAAGUCUCUUGAACCGUGCUGGGUUCAAAAUGCUUACGGUCGACGUCGAGGACAUUGUUGUGGAAUUCCCGGAUACCUUUGCUCUGAUGCAAGAUCUGCAGGCCAUGGGCGAGAGCAAUGCUAUUUUGCACCGAGAAGCUGGUCCCUUGUCGCGAGAGGUACUGCUAGCCAACGAGGCUAUUUACCGGUCUUUGCAUAUGGAGGAGGAUGCUCCCGGAAUCCCUGCAACAUUCCGGAUGAUCUAUAUGAUCGGAUGGAAGGAAGGCAAGGACCAGCCGCAGCCGUUACAGCGUGGAAGUGGCGAUGUCAACUUGAAAGAUAUCUUGGGUGGUGGAGACUUCGAGAAGCCAUAA